AGAGAAAUCACGUGUUUGGAGUUUCCGCUAAAACUGGACUCUGACCCGCAGGAAGCAACUGACUUCACAUGAUCACUAUGUGUUUAUAUACUCAUACACACAGGCAGGUUUGAGUCGAUUGGAUGAUGGGGAGCAGCGCACGGAGCUCACGUCUCCCUCGGUGGACAGAAUGUUUCACAUCACAGAGGAUCCGCAUGUUGGUCCCUGUUGGGUUCAAGACAGAAAUAAUAGAGUUGUCCAAACUGGCUGGACCAGUCAUUAUAUGCCAGCUCAUGAGUUUUGCCGUGAGUUUGGUCAGUACUAUUUUCUGUGGCCAUCUGGGGAGGACAGAGCUGGCAGGAGUGUCUUUGGCCAUAGCAGUUAUUAAUGUGACAGGUAUAUCUAUUGGCUACGGCAUGUCAUCGGCGUGCGAUACUCUGAUUUCUCAGACCUUUGGGGGCCGUAACCUCCUGAGAGUUGGGGUCAUUCUGCAGCGGGCGAUCCUGAUUUUGAUUCUGACCUGUUUCCCCUGCUGGGCGAUCCUCAUCAACACAGAGCUCAUCCUGUUGGCGGUCAGACAGGACCCAGAGGUGGCCAGGGUGGCUCAGCUGUAUGUGAAGAUCUUAAUGCCAGCACUUCCUGCCACAUUCAUGUAUUCAUUAGAAACAACAUACCUGCGAAACCAGGGCAUCAUAUGGCCACAGGUAAUCACAGGCUUUGUGGUCAAUCUUCUCAACGCUCUUAUCAACUACAUCGUUCUCUUUGCAUUGAAUAUGGGUGUAACUGGUUCUGCUGUUGCCAACACCGUUUCUCAGUUCUCUAUGGCUGGAAUUCUCUUUGCUUAUAUAAAGUGGAAAGGUCUUCACAAGGCUACAUGGGGAGGCUGGUCCAAAGAGUGCCUGCAGGACUGGGGCUCGUACAUCCACUUGGCCAUCCCCGGCAUGGUGAUGAUGUGUGUCGAGUGGUGGACUUACGAGAUUGGAGGGUUUCUGGCAGGUCUGAUAAGUGAGGUGGAACUUGGUGCUCAGUCAGUUGUGUACCAACUGGCAAAUGUUGCAUACAUGUUCCCAUUUGGUUUUGGUGUGGCAGGCAAUGUUAGAGUUGGAAACGCAUUGGGAGCUGGAGAAACAGAGCAGGCAAAGCUGUCUGCUAAAAUGACAAUGAUCUGCGCAGAGUCAGUAUCUGUAUGUUUGGCGAUUCUCAUUGGAGGUCUGAAGGAUCAUAUCUCUUAUGUUUUUACAUAUGAUGAACAAAUCAGGCAGAGGGUUGCUGAUGUCCUAGCUUUCUACGCUCCAUUCAUACUUCUGGAUGCAUUAUCAGCUUCCUCGGGUGGCGUUAUACGAGGAGCUGGUAAACAGAAAGUUGGGGCUGUUUGCAACUUUCUGGCAUAUUAUGGUGUUGGUUUCCCUAUCGGAGUGCCACUGAUGUUUGCAGCUAAAUUAGGAAUCAAAGGUCUGUGGACAGGCUUGUUUACUUGUGUGUUUCUGCAAUGCACAUUUUUGAUUUUCUACCUUGUAAGAAUGAACUGGAAUAAAGUAACAGUGGAGGCUCAAAUCAGAGCAGGAGUGUGUGGGAGCUCCAAAGACACAAGUCUGCAGCCGGAUGAUGCCACUUGCUCACAGGACCAAACAGACACGAUGGUGCUGGGGGAUGAGGAGGAGCCGCUGACUCACAGGGCUCUGGUUCUGAGAAGGGGUUUGGCUCUGGCUGUCAUGCUGUUUGUCUUGGCUGCUGGAAUCAUUAUGAACCUACUGAUCACUAACUUGGAUUCCAGUGCAGGACAGUAGAUGUGAAGAUGGGCAGAGAGCAGAGAGAAGACAAGGGGUGAAAUUCAAUGAAAGCAAAAUGUUACUGCCAAACCAUCAAUUCUCAAGACUUCCCAGUGAAUCGCCAUGUGCUUGGUUUGUAGGCACAUUCUGUGAAUGAGAAUGAGUCAAACAAGAGAGUUUGACAACCUCUGUAUCCAUAACAUUAAACAGAAACCUUGUGGCUAA